AUGCGAGGACCAGAGCUCUCACUGGAGCAGCAGAAAGCAGUGACGCUGGCGUGGCCAGAACUGCAGCUGUGGCCGUCCUGUCCUCAGCUGUCCCGACCGAGACUCUGCGCUACUGGGGACCGGGCCCUACCAGCUCGGUCGGGUGUCGGGAGCCUCCGUUGCCUGUCGAACAAUGGCGUGGUGGUGGUGGCUGCUGGUGCAGUUGUCAGUGUGGUGCUGCGCCAGCUUGGUGGCGGUGUGCUGUGGUGGAAAUGGGCCACCAAGCCCCACGUGGACGCUCCGGGGCCGCCCACGCUGCCCAUCAUCGGGAACAUCCUGGAGUUCCUCGAGAUGCCGGUCACCCUCCGUAAGAUGUUCGACCUCCACCGCCGUUACGGAGACUUGACGAGGCUGUACCUGGGCCCAAUGUUGGUGGUGCUGGUGGCACACCCAGAUGACGCGCAGCACAUCCUGCUGACGUCGAAGCUGGUGGACCGACGCAGCUUCGGCACCAACGCCAUGCGGACCUUCGUCGGCGACGGGUUGGUCACCCUGGAUGCCGGCCGGUGGAGGGUGCACCGCAAACUCAUCAACCCCACAUUCCACUCGGAGAUCCUGGAGGGAUUCCUGGAGGCUUUCCACGACGGCGGUCUCUUCGUGAGCGAGCGCCUCGCCAGGACCGGAGGCGCAGUUACCGAGGUCCACCCUCCAGUGUUCUUGGCAGCCAUCCGGAACUUCAGCAGCACCGUCAUCGGCAUGGACCCCGACCAUCUCAUGCCAGAUGCCUUGGCAGAGGAGGAGAUAUCUGCCGCGAUGAACGACGGCCUGACCACCGUGCAGAAGAUGAUAGUGCGACCAUGGAUGCAGAACAAGAUCCUGCUGAAGCUAACCUCCAAAGUUCGUGAAAAUACUGGAGAACUGGGCCAUGCAGUGCAUCGCCAUUAG